AUGAGCAUCAUGUCAGACGCGCUUUCGGGGAGCCACCUCGACGAGGUGAAGCGGAUGGUGGAGGAGUUCCGCCGGCCGCUAGUGAGGCUGGAGGGCGCGAAGCUGAAGGUCGCGGCGGUGGCGGCCGAGGCGAGGGAGGUGCGGGUGGAGCUGUCGGAGGCGGCGCGCGAAGGGGUGCGCGCCAGCAGCCAGUGGGUGCUGGACAGCAUGGCCAAGGGAACAGACAGCUACGGCGUCACCACCGGAUUCGGCGCCACCUCUCACCGGAUAACCAAGGAGGGCGGCGCCCUGCAGAAGGAGCUCAUCAGGUACGUGAACUCUGUUCACACUGCGAAUCUCUUUUAA